AUGAGCGAGGCCAUUCACAAGAGAAGCCGUUCUCUUGCCGCAUAUGCAGCCGACGCUUCGCUCGCAAGUGAGUUUGUCUGGGCCGGGAUCUCAAAACAACACCUAACUACUGACGAUGUCUUUGCUAGUGAUCUGGUUACUCGCCAUGAAAAGACUUUCCACCGAGACCAGUCGCAACCCGGUGUAACCUCUACUUCAGAGACAGCAUCCUCAAAAAAUGCCCAAGUCGAUGAACCGGCAUCUAUGGCCAACCCAAAUGAACAGGAUCGAAGUUUGCAGGGCCGCACAGGACCAUCAAGUGAGAUGUCAUCUGAAGGUAGCCUACCUUCGGUAAAUGUCGACGGACCAGAUGUAUCAGGGGAUAUUCCUCAUUUUGGCUAUGACAUUAUGUCCGAAGUCGAGACUUUUGAUUUUAGCGAUAUUUCGCUCGAGUUCUUCGAUCCAUUCCUGGGUAGAACCUUUGAUCAUUUCGCCUUUCCAGUAUUCGAGGAUGUUCCCGAGCAGGUCCAGCCACCAGUACCAAGUUUGCCUCAAAGCAAACCCUCAGGCAACCAAAGCAAUUUUUCGGAUAGGUCUGGAGAGAUUCCAACGCUGUCGCAAGGGCAUACAAUAAGCCAAAGCGCGCUUAGGCCACGGCGAAGGUGGUCACCACGGAUACUCAAGUCAACGACGGCGAAGAACCACAAAGUCGUUUUCACAGAAGAGAUGAGAGCUCACUGCUUGGCUGAUAUAGAGUCACACCUCACCAAGGCCCAGCUUGGUGACUUUCAAUUACCAGCCAUUACAUGCUUGCAGCAAUACUUCAACUCCUACGUGGAUUCCUUCCACAUACACUUUCCCUUCCUACACCUGCAGACUCUCGAAUUAGAGAAGGUACCUAGUCCACUAGUCCUAGGAAUAUGCGCCAUAGGUGCCCUCCACAGACUUCAGAGAAAGAUGGCCUCAUCGCUUUAUCUCACAGCCGAACGAGUUCUGGCGAGCAUAGACUUUGAAAGACUGCAGGCUAUCCCAGAACUAUUGGAUGACUGGGCGAGACCUCGAGACUCACCGCCACCAGACCAGGGGCCGCUGGUCCUCGCCCAGACGCGGUUCAUUCUCGUCUUCUUCGCAUCCUUCAGCAGUGAGCCGCGGUUGAUACGUCAGGCUCUCGUCGGCUGUGGCCAUCUAUCAGCAGAUUUUAGGUCAAGAAUGGCCCGCGCAAAGCCUGGUUCAAUGAACUUGAACCUCUCUCAAUGGCAUUCUUGGGUCGAACAUGAGUCGAUAAAGCGUCUCAUGUGCUGCUGCAUGGUUCUCGGUAAUCUCCUCGUCAUAGCCUACGGUAUCGUGCCAGGCUUCGCAGCGCUAGAAGAGUGCAACAUUGAGAUGCCCGCCGAAGAUGAGCUAUGGGAUGCCACGAGUGCUUCUGAAUGGAAGUCGUCUCUGCAGAGGCGACUGCCUUCUUCGCCUCUAGGUCUUCGUCAAGCAACAGCUUGGAUAUUUGGUAACAGCGCACGGGAAGAAAAACUAGACGCAAGCUGGACCUGGUCACCGUUCGCAGCGUCAAUCGUAAUGCACCAAGUUGCUAUCGUCGUCUGGUUCUUCGCCCACGGGAAAGAGGCCUGCUACGGAACGACGCAAAGCUAUCGAGAAAGCCACCAAUCUGACGCCAAGAGGAUAGAGGCUGCUCUUUCGAGGUGUAGAGAUCUGCUAACGGAGACACGCGAUGGCAACGACGGCACGUGGACUGAAGCUGACGGGCCAUUGUUGUUUAACGCAUUUGCGGUUUUGCGUGUUUCGUACGGCCGAGCUUUCAUCAACUUCCGGUCGUUAGAUCGCUCGCUACUCUUUCAGGAGAGUAGCCAGGAUAUGCUGAUCAUCUUGCAACGCUAUUUUGACGCUGCUCAAGAGCGGGAUGGUUACAUGACCAUGGCUGUUGACUGUGCCCUGGAAGGCUUUGCGAUACCCAUUCGAGCGGGAGUCUUGCUCACGCAAAAGACGGCGGCGUUGAAGUGGAGUGUUGAACAUGCUUUGGCGGGAUGGGAUGCUGGCCUUUUAGUGACGAAGUGGGUUCAUACGGUCGAAUGUCUGCAGUCUACGAGCGGAAAGACUACGCCAGAAGAAACAAAGGUCCUCGAUAACGUUCGCUAUCUCCUCAGCCAGAUUGACGUUGAUCGAUCUCCAUCUUGCUCUCUUGCUGCGGAUCUUGCUCGUGUCUGGGCUGGACUCUAUGACGAUACUUGGGUUUGGGGUGUCGCACCACGUAUGAGCUGGGUUCUCCGAGAGCUUGCAAAGUUGUAUGAGCAGGAAGCUUCAGAUAUACAGAGGCAGCAACCAACUUACAAUGCCCGAAGUCUGAUGGCCAAUGCUCGGGAGGCCUUCAAAGGCAAGCCCUACCGAAUGUUCACCGACUUGGGGGAUCUCAUUGUUAUUCCGGCGCACCAAGCCGAUGAGAUGCGUAAUGAGCGUUCUCUAGACUUCCUCGAGGCCUUUGUGGACAAUUUCCAUCCCGACAUUCCGGGGUUCGAGGCCUUUGCCUUUGAUGGCCGGAAGGACCAGCUGCUUCACAGGACUAUUAACAAGAAGAUCACCAAGAUGCUCAAUGAGAUUACUGCACCACUUUCGCUGGAAGCUGACUUUGCUACGCGCCUGAUUCUCGGAACUUCGACAGAAUGGCGAGAGAUUACGCUUCAAGAAGCGCUUCUGAACCUUGUGGCUCGUCUGUCCUCUCGUGUGUUUCUUGGCGAUGAACUCUGCCGCAACGAUGCAUGGAUUGAAAUCACUGGUUCUUACAGCGUCAACACUUUUUCAGCCGCAGAAAUUCUUCGGCAGUACCCUUAUUAUCUUCGUCACAUCGCCUGCCACUUCAUUCCGCAGUGUCGACUGCUCAAAGAACAAGUUGCAGAGGCACGACGAGUUCUGAACCCGGUACUGGAGAAGCGAGAAUGGGAGAGAAAGAAGGCAUUGGCUGAAGGGAGGACUGAACCUUCCUACAAAGACGCGAUUCAAUGGGUCAUGGAUGAGUCUCAGGGCAGUCCUUUUGACCCAGUAGGAGCUCAACUUGGCCUCUCUGUUGUGGCUAUCCACACCACUACUGACCUCGCAACGGAAACGAUGCUUCGACUGAUGGUAAGACCACAGUUAAUGGAGGAUGUUCGCGCUGAGAUUGUGACGGUCCUCCGGAAAGAGGGCUGGACUAAGGCUGCUUUAUUCAACAUGAAGCUGCUGGACAGUGUCAUCAAGGAGGCGCAGAGACUUAAGCCGACGACUUCUGCGACGAUGAAUCGAAAAGCUACUAGUCAGGUCAAGCUUCCUGGAGGAUUGGUCCUCGAGAAGGGAGACCGCUGUAUGGCAGAUCUCGGCUCGAUGAUGGACCCUAACAUAUAUCCAGACCCUCUUGAGUUUGACGGGUAUCGAUUCUUCCGGAUGCGUGGAGACCCCAAGAUGGAUAGCAAGGCUCAUCUGGUGAGCACAUCUGUGUCACACAUGGGAUUUGGCCACGGCCAGCACGCGUGUCCUGGGAGAUUUUUUGCCUCCAAUGAGGUCAAGGUCCUUUUGUGUCACUUGCUGCAAAAAUACGACUGGAAGCUUGAUAGUGGAUUCGAGCAUACGAUUUAUGAAUUCGGCCUUUCCUUGUCGUCGGGCAGGACCAAGACGUUUGUCUCGAGGCGACAGAAUAUUGAGGUUGACAUUGACGCGUUGUAA